CAAUUAUGACACCGUCUGCGUAGUCCCGCCUGCAGCAAUCAUGGCGAUGUUGACGGCGGCUGGUCGGGCCGGUUCGCGGAUGGUGAAGCCAAUCUUCAGUCGUGAUCUGGAUGAGGCCAAACGACGAGUUAGGGAGCUGUACCGUGCCUGGUAUCGAGAGAUUCCCAAUACUGUUCACACUUACCAGUUGGACAUCACUGUGAAGCAGGGCCAGAGCAAACUGAGAGAAAUGUUUCAAAAGAACCACCACAUCAGUGACCCCAGAGUCAUCGAUAUGCUGGUCAUUAAGGGUAAAAUGGAACUGGAAGAAACCAUUCAAGUUUGGAAGCAGAGGACACAUAUAAUGCGCUACUUCGGCGAGACAGAAACGUCCAGACCCAAGGACUUCUUAUCCAAGUUUUAUUCUGGACAUGACCCCUAAAUGAUCUGUUGUUUUCGAAUUACUUUUGAAAAACCUUUAUCCUGUCCACUUGGAACUUGUAUUAAAGUUAGUAGAUAAUG